AUGCUGCUAAAAGCAGCUAGCAAGCGAACAACUCGGAAUGAGGGCCUUUUUGGGGAUAUAGAUAUAGAUGUUGAACUCUACUAUGAUAAUGUAGGGAAUGACAGAAAAGAGGAAGUGAGGAAGCCAGGAAGCAAAGUUGUCAUGGAAUUUAGAGGCAAGGCCAUGGCGGUGGUAAAUGACAGUUACUCUAAAUUGGACAGGUUUGAAGAGGCGUAUACUGUACCAUGGACCUCCGAUGUAGAGAGUGUAAGGGACGGUUCUGGGGACAGUAAAAGUUGCCAGAAAUGUCCUGAGGAUGAAUGGCCUAAUGAGGAGAAAGACGUUUGUGUUCCAAGAAUAUUAGAAUAUCUAUCAUACAAUAAUGACAUAAUAGCUACAGUCUUUACUGCAAUCUCUGGGGUAUUUUUUCUUUUGACUGUUUGUAUUUUUGGAAUAUUUGUUUCAUUCCGAAAUUCUCCCAUAGUAAUAGCCAAUAAUAGAAACCUCAGCUUCAUUCUUCUCACCUCCCUCAAGCUGAGCUUACUCUGUGUGCAUCUGUUCAUCGGUCGUCCAGUGGACAUCACCUGCAUGCUACGCCAAAUAUCCUUUGGAAUAAUUUUUGCUGUUGCCGUGUCUUCUGUCCUGGCCAAGACUAUCAUGGUUUGCAUUGCUUUCAAAGCCACCAGACCAAGAAGUUCAUGGAGAAAAUGGCUCGGUGUUAAAUUGCCUAAUUCUGUAGUGUUUAUCUGCUCAUCUGUUCAAGUUCUCACCAGUGCUAUUUGGUUAUCAGUGUCUCCUCCUUUUCAAGAGUAUGACAGGAACACAUAUUCUGGGGUGAUCAUCAUUCAAUGUAAUGAGGGCUCUGACCUUGGCUUUUAUUUUAUGCUGGGUUACAUGGGGUUUCUUGCUGCUUUUAGUUUUGGUCUGGCUUUCAUGGUGAGGACAUUACCUGAUAUCUUUAAUGAAGCCAAGUACAUUACAUUCAGCAUGCUGGUAUUCUGUAGUGUUUGGAUCUGUACCAUACCUGCCUAUCUGAGCAGUAAGGGAAAACAUGUGGUCACUGCAGAGAUUUUUGCUAUAUUAGCUUCAGGUAUCGGAGUACUGAGCUGUAUUUUUUUCCCUAAAUGCUACAAUAUUCUACUAAGACCAGAAAUAAACAGAAAAAGACACUUUUUAAAGAGAAAUGAAUCACAAAAUUGCAUUUAA